AUGUUCAGUCCGUCUGCCGCAUCGAGCGCAGUAUCUCUAGACGAACUUGCCGAGCUCGAGGACUCGAUCAGCGAGAUCCAGCGCAAGCCGUCUGCCGACGAAUUUGCACGGAUCAUGGGCGAGCUGAGCACGAAUCGGCGCAUGGCCAACGCAUCACGCACCUCUCUUAACCAUCGCCGGUCACACCAAAGCUUUGCAAGCAGCGACGAUGGGCGCAGCCUCAGCCGCCUCAGCAACGUGGACGACGACGCGUCGGUCACGAGUUCGCACCGCAUCGCCUGCUGCUGCGGCCAGGCGGCGUGCGACUCGUCGAAGCGCUUUAUGCAGCAGAUGCGCGAAUUGGAGUCGGAUCUGCAGCUUAGUGCGGAAAUUGGCCAGGCGCUCCUCCGGCGACAGGACACGAUCGUCAACAAGGCGCAGCAAGAGUCGGACGACCACGCGCAGCAGCGAGACCAGAUCCUCGCGCGGCUUACGCAGAGCAUCAAGGAGAACCAGGCACUGGAGCGCCAACUGACCCAAUCCAACUUUAACCUCGAGGCGGCCGACCAGAGCCACCAUGCUCUCCUCACCGAGCUCGAGGAAGUGCGCCAGCAGGUGCGCCAGCUGAAGCAGCACCGCCUCAAGGCUGUAAACCUCGAGACAAAGCUCGACUAUGCCAUGUCGGAGCUCGAGGACGUGCGCCACGAACUCGACACCGAGCGACAGCGUGCGCGUGCCGCCGAGGGACGCAGCCAGCAAGUGCUCGUGAAGCGGUGCACCGAGCUGACGGAUAUCCUCGAGCACGAGACGAGGCGGCUCACGGACCGCGACAUGCGCUCGUACGAAGGCAUGUACGAGCGCGUGAUCCUCCAGGCACCGGACGAGCAAAAAGACCUCCGCACCUUGGUCGACGACCACGCCGCGCUCCGCGACGAGAAUGCCAAGCUGCGUGCCAUGGUCAAAGGCGCCAACACGGAAGUCUCGCGUCUGCACAAAAUCGUCUCGGCGCGCACCGAGCACGAGCUGCUGCCCGAGGCGCAGAUGCACCGCAACCCCCCGGCGCCGCUCGAGCUGCCGAGCGACGAUGCGAGCGAGUCGACGGUCGCCGCGACCGAGUCCAAGUUCCUCACGGCGCGCAGUUCGAUGACGGUCGCGAGCAACGAGGCGGCGCGUGUCGCCUCGGGCUCGUCGCGCAGCGAGCCCUACUCGGAAAAGAGCCGGGAUGGGACGUCGGUCACCACCGCCUCGGUGCACUCUCGCCACGACGACAAGUUGAGCAACGAUGCGCACUCGAUGCAUACAUUUGGCUCGGACCGCGACUAUGAGACGCACGGCGCUACAGACACGCGCACCGCGCUCCUCAGCACGAUGCUUGAGUUUGUGCAGCGCACCUAUGCGAAGCUCCAGCAGGCGGACGUCGAUACGCUCUCCGCGCGGCUGCACCGGCAGAAGCUCGCCGGCGACGUUUCGCACCUGGCCCGCACGACGGUCCAGGCGUCGGUGCGCGACAUUGAAGGCAUCCGCGAGCACUUCCGGCGCCAACUCGAGCGGGAAGCACGCACGCUCGACCGUGCAGCACGCGACACGCCGGAUGCGAGUCUGGUGACGCGCCGCGACUUUUUCGCGAUGCUCAAGUUUUUGCGCGAAGUCCUCCUCGAGCUCGCCAAACUGCGGCGCGCGGUCAACGAUGUACAUAUCAACCCGGGCAACGCGUCGCGCAUUCUCCACGAGCAGCUCGAUGCAAGCAUGGACUAUGCGCCAAAAGGCUCAUGGAUUGCACGCAUGCUCAGCGGCGCGCUCUCGUCCGCCGAGGCGCCUGCUCCUCCGCCGUCUCCGUCGCCGGCGCCAAGCACACCGGCGGCCGAAUCGACCUUUUCGCGGCUGCUCGGCACCACAGCAUCGCCCCCCGCGUCGCCUGCGCCGAUGCCACGUCGCAGGCACGGCGCAGUGCCGAUUCACAUGACACCGCGCGCCUCGGCCGCCAAGCCGACCUCGGUCGCGGUCCAGGCUUGCGGUUCGCAGGCGACUGUCGCCGGCUCGCACUUCCCAGGCGCGCGCGGCUUUGUGCCCCGCUCCUCUGCGCUCGCACGCGGCGCGUCGCGCGAUCGGCCCGAGUUUACCCGCUCGAUGCGCGUCAUGGACGACGACCAGGUCAGUCUGCGCUACGGCGAAGUAUUUGAUCCUACGCGCUCGAUCCGCCCCCGUGCACGGGGAAUGAGCGACUCUUCGAUCCACAGUACCUUUCUUGAACACGGCGAGCGUGACGCGCCGCUCGACCGCGUCAUUACCGCGGCGACGCUCACGCUCGAGCCCGGACUGUAG